AUGGAGCGCGUUCAUAUUGAUUUUGCGACCAUCAACGGUAAAAUUUUAUUUUUGAUCGUUGAUGCAUUCUCGAAGUGGGUCGAAGUCGAUAUCGUCCCCUCUACGUCAUCGAAGUCUGCGAUUUCAAGCUUGGAAUCGUUUUUCACCACGUUUGGUAUUGCUCAAACAGUAGUCUCCGAUAACGGAACGGCGUUUACAAGUUCCGAGUUCAAGGAAUUCGCAGAGAAUGUCGGUUUCUGCCAUAAAACGCGUGCUCCGUUUCACCCAGCAACCAAUGGCCAAGUCGAACGUUUUGUGGCCACUGUAAAAAAUUCGUUGAAAAGGUUGCCUGGCACUGAUUUGCAGCAGAAGCUGAAUGAAGCGUUAUUUGUGAUCCGCCGAGCUCCGCAUACAACAACGGGAAUUUCUCCAGCCAAACGCUUCUUGGGCCGUGAGCUAAAUUCUCCGUUAAAUUUAUCCGCCGUUGCCAAGGCAAAGUCGAAGCCAACGCCGAUCUCUCGACCUCCAGUCUCGUUUUCCGAGGGGGAAAGAGUAGCGGCUCGUAAUUAUUCUCGUCACCAAGGGAAAAAGUGGCUGAUUGGAAAAAUCGUCAGUAAAGACGGCGAAGUUAAUUACACGGUAUCAGUUAACGAUUCGCUUCAUCGAUUUCAUGUCGACCAACUGAGAAAGAUCGAUCAAAACAUAUCGCCGACAGGAAUCGUUCCUAUAUUUUUCCCAGCCAAACGAAGCGAGUCGCCGGAACCUCCACAAGAUCCAGGAGAAUCGCCGGUACCUCAGCGAGAACCUAGAGAACCGCCGAAAUCGCCACCGCCUGUCGUCAGAAGAUCAAAGCCGCCUGUCGUCAGAAAAUCGAAGCCGUCUGUCAUCAGGAAAUCAUCGCGAUCUCGACGCCAGCCUAAUCGAUUAAACCUCUAG